UCGAGCGCCAUGGCCGAGCGCCAGAUGCGCGUCUGCGUGCGCGUGCGCCCGCUCACGGCGUCGGAGCACCUCGAGGGCGACGAGGCGUGGCUGCUCGAGGGCACGAGCCGCAUCACGGAGCGCGACGUCGGCGAGAAGAACCGGUGCGCGCGCAGUUUCAACUUCGACCGCGUCUUCCCCGCGCCGAGCCUCAACGACGCCGUCUACGAGAGCAUGGGCCGCGAGAUCGUGAACGACGCGAUGCGGGGCUACCACGGCGCGAUCGUCGCCUACGGCCAGACGGCGACGGGCAAGACGCACACGAUGCAGGGCACGCCGACGUCGCCGGGUUUGAUCCCCCUGGCCAUCGAGGAGGCCUUCAACCACAUCGCCGGCGCGUCCCAGGAGCGCGAGUACGCGCUCCGCGUGUCCUAUUUGGAGGUCUACAACGAGACGAUCCGCGACCUCCUCUACGACGAGACCUUGGACGACCCCGGCGAGCCGCCGAGCCGCUGGGGCGGCGCGGCGCUGCGGCCGCGGGACCCCAAGCCGCGAAAACCGCCGCCGAUCCGCCUCGUCGACGACGCGAAGCGCGGCGUCACGCGGCUCCAGGGCAUCCGCGAGGUCUCCGUGGCGUCCGUGGGCGACGUCUUCGACACCAUCGUCGAGGGCGAGGCGCGGCGCGCCGUCGGCGAGACGGAGUUCAACUCGCGGUCCUCGCGGAGCCACGCGAUUUUACGAUUGACGAUCGAGUCGUCCGCGCGCCGCGGCGCGGGCGACCGGCGCGCCGCGGACCUGAGCGUGCUCACGAGCACGCUGAGCUUCGUGGAUUUGGCCGGGUCCGAGCGCUGCCCCGAGGCGUCGGCGCCCGCGCGCGUCAAGGAGGGCGCGUACAUCAACAAGAGCCUGCACCUGUGCCGGAAACAACCGCUCAGCGCGGGCGCGACCAAGGCGGACCACGUGCCCUACCGCGACAGCAAGCUGACGCGCUUGUUGCGGCCGGCCCUCGGCGGCAAGGCGCGCGUGGCCCUCGUGUGCACCGCGUCGCUCGCGGCGUCGGCGGCCGAGGAGACGGCGCACACGCUCAAGUUCGCCCAGCGCGCGAAGAAGGUC